CAAUCAGAGCGCAGCAGCGGGAAACGCAGCUGAUCCGAAAGGAGGUGAGCGAUAUUUGGCGCAAGUUUGAGACCAGUGUGCGGCAGAAGAGGGAAAGAGAGGGAAGCAGAGGGCUCCAAGAGAAGAUAAAACACUCCACUCUUUACUGACUUCUGACAACUUUUAAAAAGAUUGAACCCAACAUGCCGAGCACACGCUCUCAUAGUGGCGUCCAGCCCACGCUGGCGUUCCCUCGCCGUAAAUCCUGCCGAGUGUCGGCUCGCUCCAAGGCGCCGGCGCCGCGGCUGGAGGAAAAGCCUCUGUCUCCGACCGAGCCCGGACCCCAGCCUCUCGACCCGGCCCUGACCCGGAUCGGACCGCUGUCUCCGAGGCGUCUCGCCGAGCAGCCCGCCCUGCUCUCCCCGAGAAGAGCGCUCGCCCGCCCGUCUCCCCUCUCGCCCAGACGCCCCUCAGCCCAGCCGGCGUCCCCCGGCCUCCAGACGCGACUUCCCCUCAGCCCCCGCAAACGCACCGGUGACGACAACGACUGUAACCUGCUGGGCUCUCCGCCCAAACAGAGCAAGCCGGCCGCCGCGGCGCCGUCUCCCAGGAAGCUCGGCUUCGACGAGAACUCGCCGCUCUCGGUCCGGCGACGGCUGGUCCCGCCCUCGUCGCCCAGGCAACCGCUCUCUCCCUCCGCCGCGCCGUCCCCGAGACGCCAGGCACGCCAAAACUCAGAGGGGAAGUCGCCCGCUGACAAGUCGAGGUUUCUGAGCGUGAAGCGGGCGCUGCACACGGCCGUCCCCGAGCGGCUGCUGUCCCGGGACACGGAGCGGGCCGCCAUCCGCUCCUUCCUGGAGGAGAAGGCCCUGCAGCGGCUGCCCGGCAGCCUGUACAUCUCCGGGGCUCCGGGCACCGGCAAGACGGCCUGCCUCAACUGUGUGCUGCAGGACAUGAAGGCGGCGCUGGCGCCGGUCCAGACCGUGGUGGUGAACUGCAUGAGUCUGCGGAGCUCCCACGCCAUCUUCCCGCUGCUGGCCGACAAACUGCGAGCGCCCGGCGGACAGAGCGGGCUGCAGAGGUUCCUCACGGCCCCGGGGCCCGCUGUGCUGCUGGUUCUGGACGAGAUGGACCAGCUGGACAGUAAAGCUCAGGACGUCCUGUACACCAUCUUCGAGUGGCCGUACCUGCCAGAGUCUCGCCUCUGCCUCGUCGGGAUCGCCAACGCUCUGGAUCUGACGGACCGCAUCCUGCCGCGGCUGCAGGCGCGCCCCCACUGCCGCCCGCUGCUGCUCCACUUCCCCCCGUACAGCCGCCAGGAGCUCAGCGCCAUCGUGCAGGACCGACUCUCCCAGGCGUCGGCCGAGGGCCUCCUGGACGCCUCGGCGGUGCAGUUCUGUGCCAGGAAAGUGUCGGCGGUGUCGGGAGACGCCAGGAAGGCCCUGGACAUCUGCAGGAGAGCCGUCGAGGUCGUGGAGUCCGACGACAGGAAGAAGGCGUCGGACCCAAACGCCGAAUCUAAAGCGUCGCGGGUCGGCCUCCCCCAGGUGGCGCGGGUCCUGUCGGAGGUCUACGGCGACCGCAUGGCGUCCCAGUGCGGCGCCGGCUCGGACGGAGAGAGCUUCCCCCUGCAGCAGAAGCUGCUGGUCUGCUGCCUGCUGCUGCUCACACGCAACGGGAAGAGCAGAGAGAUCGUCCUCGGAAAGCUCCACGAGGUGUACAGCCGCCUGUGCGCCCAGCGACAGGUGUCUGCCGUCGGUCAGGGCGAGUGCCUGUCUCUCUGCGGUCUGCUGGAGAGCCGAGGGAUCUUCUCUCUGAAGAAGGCCAAGGAGGCUCGCCUCACCAAGGUGUUUCUGAAGAUCGAGGAGAAAGAUGUCGAGAACGCUCUGAAGGACCGAACGCUGCUGGGGAGCAUCCUCGCUGCAGGACUCCCCUCCUGAUCUCACCUUUUUUUGUUUUUUAUGGACUAAGACAUUUUUUCAACAGUUGAAUUUUUUUUAAUUCUCGUUUUUGCUGAGAACUUGUACAGUGUGUUUUUUUUUGUUUUCUCUCUCCUACUGAUGUCGAUGCUCAGUUCUCGAGUUGUUGAAGAAUGUCGUUGAGUCACUGAUGAAUUUACAGCGUUUUGUUUCAGUUUGGAUUUGAAACGUUUCCACGUUUUAUGCUGUAAAUAAACAUGUACAGACAUUUAAAAUCA